UGAGAGCUGCGACGUCGUUUUGCGAUAGUCCGAUCCGAAAGCCAUAAGAAAGAACCAAGCUUUUACUCUCUUAGGACCCGAAUACCACGCCCUCGGAGCUCCUUAUGGCGAAACGGAUCCACCUGACGGAGCUUGGUUGCAUCGCGUGCGAGGAGCUUAGCGAGCUCGGCGCGGGCAAGGAAGGUUGGCUCGUGGAUGACCCGAACCUUCUCUGCGCGCUCGAUUCGCAUUCUCUGGCUAUUGCCAAUCGAUUUCUCAUCCUGGUCGUCACCUGGGCCGAUCCCGACGCGCCGCGAGUCAAGAUCAGACCCGAUUUGUCUCCGAUCGAGGCCGAGUCGAUCACGGCGAUCGAGUGGCUCGUUUUCGAUGAUGUCAGAGUUAUCGCUGCCGGGACCUCUUGUGGGUAUCUUUUGGUUUACUCUCUCGCCGGUGAUCUCAUACACAAGCAGUUGGUAUAUCCCAGCCGUAUCUUGAAACUAAGAGUACGAGGAACUAAGAAAGAUGUAAUCCAAGAGACAUCCUCCGAAGAGUUCUGCAUUGUAAUGCCCGGUAUCAUUGCCCGCUUCGACGGGUCGAAUAUUCAGAGCAUGCUUCAGAAAUGGUUUCAAGAAUCAAAUUCACAUUUUUGGGACCAAAAAAGUAAGAAGGGUAGUUCAGAUGAACCUGGAAAUUCUCACCAGCGGUUACCGUAUCAGAUAUGGAACGUGAACAAGUAUGGAACUUGUGCAGAUGCUGCUAUCACUGGCAUAAUGCCUCCUCCAUUGCUGGAACUUCAGUCAAGUCAACGUUAUUAUUGUGCAGUGACCAUAGGAGAAGAUGCUGUAAUCUCAGCUUACAGGCUCUCCGAAGACAGAAGUAGAUCACUAGUUGGGGCCAUUCUUUCAAAAGUUGUGCCGGCAACAGUCUCAACCAUAGCUUCUUUUUCUAAAAUGAUAUGGAGAAGUGAUCAAUCUCCGAAGAAAAAGCCUCAAGCAAAGACUCAAUCGUUUGCUCGAGCUUCCUCGUUGACAUGCAUAAAGGACUACCCGAGAAAGGGCGAGAAGUUGACACUGUCCCCGAGUGGCACACUUGCUGCAAUAACAGAUUCUCUUGGUCGGAUACUACUGCUGGACACUCAGGCCCUCGUGGUGGUCCGGCUAUGGAAGGGAUACCGAGACGCUAGCUGUGUGUUCAUGGAGAUGUUAGUCAAGAAAGAUAAAGGAAAAUCUAUUUCGUACACAGAGCCGGUUAAGGGCGAUUACUGUCUGUGCUUAGCCAUUCACGCACCACGGAAAGGAAUCAUCGAGGUGUGGCAGAUGAGAACAGGGCCUCGGCUUCUGACAAUCCAAUGUGCCAAAGGUAGCAAAUUGUUGCAGCCGAGUUACAGGUUUGGAUCAACUUCACCAUCGUCAUCUUCCCCUUAUAUUCCUCUUGAAGUGUUCUUGUUGAAUGGAGACUCUGGCCAGAUCUCUAUGCUCAACCGGUCUCUCCAUUAAUAAGUAGAAACAAUUAUUUGUUUUUGGUUUUUUUUUUUAAGAUCACUUGUUGAAUAAACAUUUAAUUUUAUUUUAUUUACAGCUGCUUAAUGGUUAUCACUUUCUUGUGUAUAUCUAACGGCUGAAGUAUGUAACUGAUCAAAGAAAAGACCAGGGCUUCUCCAGACAUUUUGUUCUUGGGACUU